AUGACUCCCAUCACAAUACCUCAUGGACGAGAUAUCAAAGAUAUCCUGCAGACCGAUUUCGGCUUGGAGACACUUCCUCAUUUCGACAAAAUCCAAUUCUGUCCCCUUGAAGGCUCCCACAAGGAUAAAUUGCACCUGGGAUGUGACUACCAGAGGGAUUACUAUUGCUAUGGCCAUCGCCACCCCCGAACCCUCGUCACCAGUGUCACGAUCAAUCCGCCCCUUGCUUAUUUCCUGAAACCUCCAAUUGCAUUCGGGCUCAUCCACUUGUCCAGUCCCUUUGACAUCAUCUGGAAGAGGACCCGGUCCGCCGAAGCAAUGUUUGCUUUCCUCGAAGCUUGCGUAGCUCUCAGGAACAGUAAAGGAUUCCCUGGAAACUUCAUGUCAGACGUUAGCGCAGCUGCACUCGCUCAAGCAGUAAAGGCCAUCCUCGAAGAGGAUCACGACACUGGCCCAAAUAGUCAAGAAGACAUGCCGAAGAUCGAAGUACGGGGAGAGCCUACUAGAGGCGAAGGAAAGAGGGGAAGUCCGCCCGAGCAAACGAAUACACAGGCUUUCGAAGGUUCCAGCACCAAGCAGGUGGACAUGUUGGAGUCGGACAUGGUGGUCGAAUCCUCCCCCUUGGAAAUCGCCAAUGACAAUAACAACCAAUCGUCCUCCCCAGCAGCCCAAGGUGAUCGGGUCAGUGCCUGGCUCAAACUCCACGCACAGGAUCUCAAUCAGAGCGCCCGCGUCAGGGAGGCCACCGCUGCCGUGUUAAGCUCGAAUCGCAAUCUCCAGGACCUUGAGAAGAGCUUGCAAGCUCUGAAGAUUCGCAUCGAUGACGAACGAAAAUGGAUCACAAAGUACGAGGCCAAUGUGAAGAAGGCGGAGGAUGCAAACGUAGACACUCUUAGUAGACUGACAAUGCUCAUGGAGGAAAUGACGAUGAAGGAGUUCAUCGAGAUUGGCAAAUAUCUUCCAUGA